CGGGCAUCGGGCAUAGUCAUCCAGACAGAUCGACAAGCCUUGACUCCUCCUGACUUCCUCCCCCAUCCUCAAAAAGUCUGAGCAUACACUAUUUCGUCUAGACAAGCGUUCACUCGCAGUAGAUCUCAUCAGAGCAUCCCUUGUCCCCAUCCCCUCCAUGUUGAAGCCCCUAACCUUUGUUACUGGCAAUGCCAACAAGCUGAAGGAGGUACAGGCUAUCUUGUCUGCAGGACCUCACCCAGUCGAGAUUACCUCUCAAAGUGUUGACAUCCCUGAGCUGCAGGGAACCACUCAAGAAGUGGCCAUAGACAAAUGCAAGCGCGCGGCUGAGGCGCUCCAGGGCCCCUGCAUCACCGAGGACACCGCGCUCUGCUUCGAAGCCAUGAACGGCCUGCCAGGACCCUACAUCAAGCACUUUCUCGCGGCGCUGGGCCCGGCGGGGCUGAACACCAUGCUCGAGGGCUUCCCUACAAAGGCUGCGUGGGCGCUAUGCACAUUCGCAUACUCUGCUGGUCCUGGCUCCGAGCCCAUCCUCUUCGAAGGCCGCACGGACGGUAAAGUCGUCCAGGCGCGCGGGCCUCAGAACUUCGGCUGGGACUGCUGCUUCGAGCCGGAUGGUUAUGAUAUGACGUAUGCCGAAAUGCCCAAGGAUGAGAAGAACAAGAUCUCGCACCGAUACCGCGCGCUCGAGAAGCUGCGCGCAUACCUGCAGAGUCAAGCAUAGAUGCCCCUACCGACGAGAGAAAAUGAAACCAUAGAUAUA